AUAAAUUGUAAAUUAUACCCCAAAUAGUAAUUCUUGGAUAUAUUUAAACUUAUUGCAUUAGGCAGUUUGCUUUGCUUGUAACUAGGUCAACUAAUUGUUGUUUCUUUUCAUCUUUUUCGUUUCCGUAUUAUUUCCAGCUCGGGCUAUGUAUGUACUUGUGCCAGAUCGAAACAUGGGCCCCUUGAAACGAUUAUCCUAGUUAUUACCUACAUUGCGCUUUUCUUUUCUUCCAACAUAUGCCGUAGCUAUUGAAACAUAACAUAACAUAACAUUCUUAUCAAUAUAUUAAUAUUAAGUUCAUCUCAUUACUAGCGUUCACGCGGGACUAGAGGAAUACUUCACUACAAUUCACGUUCAUUGAACAGGUAGUUCAGGUAUCUUACCUUCGUUUCUUUACAAGUUCACUUAUUACCUAAUUACGCCAAAACCUCAAUGUCAUCGUCGUCGUCGUCGUCAACCGCGCCAGGACCCCUCGUCCGCCUAUGGGGUCUCCGCGCCGAGCAACUCCCCGCGGCUACCGCGUCGCCUGACGAGCUGGCGCCCUUCCUCUUGGCGAUCCUGCGGGAAGCCGUCCCGUUCAUCGACUCGGCGGCGCCGAAGGCGGCAAACGGCGCUGCGGACCCCAGGGUCUGGAAGGCGAAGGGGAGCCACGCGCAUGCGGACUCGGCGGCGAAAGUCGACGUCUUGGAACGCGUGGUCCCGGCUGCUGAGCUGGAGAAGGUGGGGGGGAGUACGGAGAAGGUGGGGGGGAGUACGGAGAAGGUGGGGGGGAGUACGGAGAAGGUGGGGGGGAGUACGGAGAAGGUGGGGGGGAGUACGGAGAAGGGGAAGGGGAAGGGGAGGGGGGGAGUUAGGCCGGAAACUUGGUGCUGCCGCCGCAGCGUCCACGAGGAUAGGCCGGAGAGGGGAACGGCGUGCUGGGGGGAAUUCGUGCGCAGCUUCCGCGACGAGCAUGCCGAGUCGGAGCGCGCGUUCACGCCGGCGUGCGUGGAUGCGCAUCAGGCUUUGGCGUGGGACUGCGGAGGCGCGGAGGCUAGGGAGGGAGGGCAGACGUGGAGACGGUUCGGGCUGAUUGUGGAGGAGAUGCGGCAUCGCAUCGGGAAGCCGGUGUUGAAGGAUCGGACGUUUCCCGUGCUGCAGAUGACUGCUGCAACUGCUAGUUCUACCACCACCUCUUCCUCAGAAGGAGAAGAAGAAGAAGAUGAUGAUGAUGAGUUUCUAGUGGUAAGCAUUCCCAUACCGGAUUUUGGGACGUCGGAGGCGAGUAAACUGGCGAGGGAAAAGGGGGCGCAGAUUGCUAGUUAUGUGAGCGUGGAGAGGAUCCGGAGGAUAGCGGAUGGGGAUGGGGGUAAGAGGGUGGAGUGGCUGAUGGCGACGGCGAGUGAUGCGGGAGGCGUGCUGCCGGCUUGGGUGCAGAAUGUGGCGGCGCCGGGGGUCAUUUGGAAGGAUGUGCCGCUGUUUUUGGGGUGGAUUGGUAGGGAGAGGGUGAAGAGGUAGUAGUAGGGAUGAUGGGGAUGGAAGUAUUAUGUAUGACACAGCGGCUUAUAUCAUUGGCGGAGGGUGUUGAAUAUUAUUAUGUUAAUAUGAUUAUGGUUGAAGGAAGAAAUGCUUGUACAAAGAAGGAUACUAUCUAGGUUAGGUACAUAG